UAAAACGAAGAAGAAGAAGAAGACAACAGCUGUUAGCUAGCUGGUUGAGCUAUAUUUAACCUAUGGCAGUGAGCGACACAUAGUAGGCUUUGUUGACGAAAAGGGAUCGAAAAACGUAUUUUAACAAACGCUAAUGGUUUGGGGUCAGACUUUUAUAUUCCUCUCCGCACUGAGUGGCUAACCACAAAAAAGGAAGCAAUGAACUUCCAGGGUAGUCGGAGGCGAGGAGAGGAUGGCAUUGCUAUGGUGAUUGACUUCCUGCUGUCUAAUGCCCGGCUGGUUCUGGGAGUUGGCGGGGCUGCCAUGCUAGGAAUUGCUACACUGGCAGUGAAACGGCUGAUAGAGCGCGCAGGCCGUGCAGCCGAUGAUGAAAAGGUGGAGCAGAAGAUGGCGGAGAGCUGGGAGGAGCUGAGUUUGGUCAAAGCUUCCCCGACGCUGAUCAGGAAGGGCAUAGAGGGCGUGGUGAUGAAACAUGUUGCCAAGGCAGCCAGACAGCAGAAAGCUGACCUGUGCCAACAACCUCAGAUGUCCUCCAUGGAGCAGACUAAACCAGAGUCCAAGUCCAAGAGGCUCCAGCUGUGCGUCCUCAGUUUGCAGGAGCGUCUGCAGCAGUACUAUCACACGAGGGCGGCUCUAGCUCCUCCUGAGGUCCAGAGGGCUCAGUCUCUGGCUCUGGACAUUUGCACUGAGAUCCAGGGCUUUCUGCACAGCCGUCACCCCGACAUGCCGCUGGGAGAAAUGAGCCUCGGAGGUUCUUUACUGGAUGACCUGCAGGUGGUCAGCGCAGACCAUGCGUGUCUGCUGGUGCCUCUACAGCUGGAAGCUUCUCUGUGGCGUCUCAUCCCAGGAGAGGAAACACUGCUCACACACCCGCUGCACUGGAUGGUCCGACGGAUCAAUCUGGAAUAUUUUCCCAGAGGACGGAGCUACUGGGACAGGUACCUGGUGGGUGGUUACCUGUCCGCAGAAGCUGUUGUCAACAUGUUUAGUAAAGCUGUCAUGGAAACUAUAAACUGGCCAUCAAUCAGCAGCACUAUGGACUGUCUCGUCAGACCUGUACUGGGAGGACCAGACCUGAGACUGGAGAUUCGGCCUGGAAGAGAAAAAGAAGGAGCAGAGGGCAGUGAUCAACCCCUGUUCAUCUCCAUGUUGCCACUGCUGAGGCAGGAGGACGUGGUCCUGACCGCCCAGCCCGAGCUCACCUCUCCCUGGGUCAACGCCUGGCACCUGUCCCUGUACCCGUGGGAGACACGGCGCCUGGCUCAGCUCGACGCCGCUGACAACGGACACCGCAGACACAUGCUUAAAAUCCUGAAGGCGGUUUGCAGACUGAACCCCGCCCUGCGACCGCUCGAAGCUGCCCCACUCGCCAAUCUCAUCCUGCACCUCAGUGACAGUGAGAGCGACUGGUCCGAGAUCAGCCUGGAUGCGAGAUUCCAGCAGUGUAUCACGGAGCUGAUCGGCUACCUCGAGCAGGGGGCGUUACACAGUUACUUCAAACCAGCUGUCAAUCUGCUGAGCGGCUUGUCAGAGGACCAGGUGGACCAGAUGGGCUUCAUGCUCUACUGCGCUGUGUCAGAGCCUGAAAUACUGCUCAUAUAACUCACACAACACUUUAGUUCUCCAACACAUACGGAUCAAAGGAGUAAUCUUUUAUCAUACAUGAUGUUUGUUUCAAGGAAAUGUCGUAUUCUUCCCUCUGCCUACUCUCCUUGUUUAGCUUCUCCAUCCUGCAUUGAUGAAAGGAAAAAAGGCACUGAACUGAUGUCUGUGCUGGCGGAAGAGGAGGUGAUGCUACAAAGAGGCUACAGAUGUAAAAGUGAUAAUCAAGCUAAACAAAUCACUCAGAGGAAAGAAGACGUGCCAAGGAAAGGAGCUGAGGAAGUGUUAAUCAGAUGUCUGAAAUGAUGCUUCGGGGUGUGCGUGGUCAUAACUCCCCACACACACACCACCGCCAAGUGUGUAUUUAAGCUUGUGUGGUUAUUAUUUUUCACAGGGAGUUGGAGAUGGUCAACAUGGCCACAUACAGUUCAGUAUAUCCAUUAACAGCAGGGGCGUACAGUCUAUCGCCUACGUUAUCCUCUAAUUGCCAGUGUGUGCUCUGCAUCAUUUUCCUAAAUCUCCUUUAAUAUAUUCUAACUAUGCAGAAAAAUAAUAUCCUGCUGAAAACCACCAGGGUUUACUGCACUUAUUAAACUAUUCAGCGUGUCUGAGUUGGGCCUCUUUAACUCAGCAUGUAUAUUUUCUCAUACUGAAGGUUGAAGUGUGCAGUAUUUUUGUCUUCUGUCAGUCUGUUGCCAACCUUAUUUGGGUAAACUAACCCUCUGAAGAAUGGUUAAAGUUGCCUAAUAAUUUUAUGCAGUUGCUUUUUAAAUACAGUAUGAAUGUGGGCAUUUCUUCAGUUGUGUUUUCUUCUUGCUGGGUGUAAGAGAAAUAGAUUAUCUGUGAUUGAACAGUGAAACUGCAAAUAAAAAUGAAAGCACUUGUUUAGAUUCUCA